AUGCGACACUGUAGUGGUCUUCCUCAGAAGACGCGGCUUUUGCGAGAGCUGCUGCGCUCGAAGGAUUUGAGCUUCCUAAUGGAGGCACAUAACGGCCUUUCUGCACGUAUUGUGGAGGAAAGUGGCUUUAAAGCCAUCUGGGCUUCCGGUCUCUCAAUAUCGGCUCAGAUGGGAUUCCGUGAUAACAACGAGGCUAGUUGGACACAGGUGUGUGGUGUAGCGGAAUGUAUGAGUGAUGCCACAGAUAUUCCCAUUCUCCUUGACGCGGAUACGGGGUACGGCAACUUCAACAAUGCCAGACUGUUGGUGCGCAAGCUGGAGCAGAUUGGCGUGGCAGGAGCCUGUGUAGAGGACAAGCUAUUUCCCAAGACGAAUAGUUUGUUGGAUAAGGGCCGACCACAACCUCUUGCAGAUGUGGACGAGUUUAAACUUAAGAUACGUGCCAUGAAAGACACACAGACGGAUGAUAACUUUUGCGUUGUUGCGCGUGUAGAGUCCUUUAUUGCCGGUUGGCCGCUGGAAGAGGCCCUGCGCCGGGCGACGGCAUAUGCAGAGGCGGGAGCGGAUGCUGUUCUUAUCCACAGUAAGCGGAAGGAUGCUUCUGAAAUUGACGCCUUCAUGACCCACUGGAAUAAGAGCAGUGAUAGCAGUCGGGUGCCUGUAGUCAUUGUCCCUACAAACUACGCCACUGUGCCAUGUUCACACUUUCGUGAAAUUGGUAUUAGUAGUGUUAUUUGGGCAAAUCACAAUUUGCGGGCAUCUAUAGCUGCCAUGCAGGCAACAUCGCGGGCUAUUUACACUCAGGAAUCAAUUCUCCCAGUGGAGGCGAAUGUGGCACCCGUGAAGGAGGUCUUUCGACUGCAGCGACUGGAUGAAUAUCUUAAGGCAGAAGAUAAGUACCUCCCGAAACUGAAAUAA